UUCACCCCGGCCGCCGUCCUCGCCGCAGCCUGAGGGGCGCUGAGGAGAACGGGAGGUUUUUGGAAGAGGCGCACAGAGGAGCCCCGGGCUGACCGCCGGCCCCGCCCGCAGGCUCACGCCAUGCUGCGGGCGCUUCCCCGUCUCUGAGGAGAGGCGAAGGGGCGUCGGGACGGCGGCGACGCGAUUGCUAAGUCUGAGCAACGAGAGGCAAACAUGGCCCAAGCACCCACUGAUCCGAGUAGUGCGGAAACUGCUGACCCAGAGGAGAGUUCUCCAAACAUGAUAGUCUACAGAAAGAUUGAAGACAUCGUUACGAGAAUGCAAGAUGACAAAACUGGUGGUGUUCCCAUCCGCACUGUCAAGAGCUUUCUGUCCAAGAUCCCCAGCGUGGUCACUGGUUCUGAUAUUGUGCAGUGGCUUAUGAAGAACCUCAGCAUUGAGGAUGCAGGGGAAGCAAUACACUUGGGAAGUCUUAUUGCUGCACAGGGUUACGUCUUCCCCAUCUCAGACCAUGUCCUUACCCUUAAGGAUGACGGGACAUUCUAUCGUUUUCAGGCACCAUACUUUUGGCCUUCCAACUGCUGGGAACCAGAAAACACAGAUUAUGCCAUCUAUCUUUGCAAACGGACCAUGCAGAACAAAGCUAGGCUGGAGCUGGCGGAUUAUGAAGCCGAAAACUUAGCAAGACUUCAGAGAGCAUUUGCAAGAAAAUGGGAAUUCAUCUUCAUGCAAGCAGAGGCCCAAGUGAAAAUCGACAGGAAAAAGGAUAAAACAGAAAGAAAGAUUUUGGACAGCCAGGAAAGAGCAUUCUGGGAUGUGCACAGGCCUGUGCCAGGCUGUGUGAACACCACAGAAAUGGACAUUAGAAAGUGUCGCCGUAUGAAAAACCCACAAAAAGUGAAAAAGUCAGUGUAUGGGGUUACAGAGGAGUCUCAGCCCCAAAGCCCUGUACACCUGCCCUCCCAACCGGUGCGCAAAACGACAAAAGAGGAUUUCCGGAAGCAGAUAACUUUUCUGAACAUGCAGAUAGAGAGACAUUGUUUAAAGAUGUCCAAAGUAGCAGAAAGUUUAAUAACCUACACAGAGCAGUAUGUGGAAUAUGACCCCUUUAUAACUCCUGCUGAGCCUUCCAAUCCCUGGAUAAGUGAUGAUGCAGCGUUGUGGGACAUUGAAAUGAGCAAAGAACCUAGUCAGCAGCGUGUGAAAAGAUGGGGUUUCUCCAUGGAUGAGGUGUUGAAGGACCCAGUAGGACGAGACCAGUUCCUUCGUUUCCUGGAAUCAGAAUUCAGCUCAGAAAACCUCAGGUUUUGGUUGGCUGUCCAAGAUCUCAAGAAACGACCUUUACAGGAUGUGACCACGAGAGUGGAAGAAAUCUGGCAAGAGUUUCUAGCUCCUGGGGCCCAAAGUGCUAUUAACCUGGAUUCCCACAGCUAUGAGAAAACAAGCCAAAAUGUCAAAGACCCAGGGAGAUAUACAUAUGAAGAUGCACAGGAGCACAUUUACAAGCUGAUGAAGAGUGACAGCUACGCGCGCUUUCUGCGUUCGAAUGCUUACCAGGACUUACUGCUGGCAAAGAAGAAGCCAGAGAAUGAGCAAGGUCGUAGAACUUCUCUAGAAAAGUUCACUCGCAGCGUGGGAAAGUCUCUGGCAAGCAAGCGCCUCACGGGCCUGAUGCAGUCCUCCUGACAGCUCCAGCCUACUGCCCCGUGGGAGAGACAGCUGGGACCACUGCCGGGGACGGGGCAUUUCAGGGAGAGCAGGUCCCUGCAGGGGAGACAGCCUGAGCAAUUGGAAGCAGAGAGCCACACGCCAGUGGAGCACCUCUCUUCACAGUAUACACCAACACUUCCCUGUCUGCACAGCUCCUUAAGGACCCUGAGCUCUGUGCAGGUACUUUGUUUCCAGCUGAGGUUUGGAGAACACUUCACCAUACAGUGGAGGUCAACAGGGCAAGGGCUUACUGUCUCGUAAUUUAAGGAAACAGACCCAACCACAGCUUGGAGAAAGAAGAGCUAAGAGAGAUCAGUGUUUUUCCACAUCUCUUUUCUCCCUGGCACAAACGUGACUGUAAUAAGAUGGUGCCGCCAUCUCACUUGCUCCCUUUCAUGUGGCCGUCUGGAUCCAAUAAAGUAUCUGGAUAUUUCA